GAGCCCGCGCCGCCCUGUCGGGACCGCAUUCCGGCCGCCCGCUCCUCUCUGCGGCGCCCUUUGCAGGCCGGAUGGCGGAGACCUGGAGGCUCCUCUCGGGAAACGGGCGUUCCCUGAAGAGGGUGAAGAGAUUAAUCUGCGCCUCUGUUGUACUGCCGGUUUCGGGCCCUGUGUGGACGAGGCUGGUGGGUGUGUCGUGCACGGGACUGAGCCAGCGGUUCUGCAGUGUCGUCUCCAGAAUGGGGACUGUAAACUCUGUGACGGACACUGACGGAAGAGACCAAGAUGAGCACUGAGAGGAAAUUUGGUGUGGUGGUGGUUGGCGUUGGCAGAGCUGGCUCCGUGAGGAUAAGGGACUUGCGGGAUCCACACUCUUCAGCAUUCCUGAACCUGGUUGGAUUUGUGUCCAGACGAGAACUUGGGAGUCUUGAUGAAGUACGGCAGAUCCCUUUGGAAGAUGCUCUCUGCAGUCACGAGAUUGAUGUCGCCUAUAUUUGCAGUGAGAGUUCCAGCCAUGAAGACUAUAUAAGGCAGUUUCUUCAGGCUGGCAAGCAUGUCCUGGUGGAGUACCCCAUGGCAUUGUCGUCUGCAGCAGCCCAGGACCUGUGGGAGCUGGCUGCACAGAAAGGGAAAGUCCUACAUGAGGAGCAUGUGGAACUCUUGAUGCAAGAAUUUGCGUUCCUGAAAAAAGAAGUUGCAGGGAAAGAACUCCUGAAAGGGUCUCUUCACUUCACAGCUAGCCCACUGGAAGAAGAGAAAUUUGGCUUCCCUGCGUUCAGUGGCAUUUCUCGCCUGACCUGGCUGGUCAGCCUCUUUGGGGAGCUUUCUCUUAUUUCUGCCACCUUGGAAGACCGAAAAGAAGAUCAGUAUCUGAAAAUGACUGUGCAGCUCGAGACCCAGGACAAGGGUCUCUUGUCAUGGAUUGAAGAGAGAGGGCCCGGCUUCAAAAGAAACCGAUAUUUAAACUUCCAAUUCAAAUCUGGGUCCCUGGAGAAUGUGCCAAAUGCAGGAGUCAAUAAGAACAUCUUUCUGAAAGACCAAGAUAUAUUUGUUCAGAAGCUCUUGGGCCAGGUCUCUGCAGAGGACCUGGAUGCCGAGAAGAAGCGCAUCCUGCAUUGCCUGGGACUGGCCGACGACAUCCGGAAGCUCUGCCGCCCAGAGUGAGGAGGAGGCUUCACCUCUGAAACAGGGCCGGGGUCUUCUCAACAGCUCGCCUUUAGCUCUGACAAUUAAAUAUGGUGGAUAAACAGAAUGAGAAUAGUAUUCUGAGCUGUGUUGGGGAUAGUAUUUGGUGCUGGAGCCAUCCUGUGGGAAUAAGAGAAGAACCUUCUGAGGUCAUGGUUUAUACAUACUUGUCUUCCUAGUAGCAGCCCUGUGAGAAGGAUAUGGAAUGCUGUUUUCAUUCUUGUGGAAAAGCUGGCUUGAAGUUAUCUAGGCAGGGGUAGAAAAAGUAGAUUUGAAGGUCUACCCGUGUUCCAAACCACUUACUAAGAACUGCAUUCUGUCCUUUAGGGAAUGUGACUGUCCCUCACAGUCACAGGGUCACUGCUAGUUGCUGGUGAUCCUAUCUUACUGACCAGUGUGUAACUUGCAAGUUAGUCAAAGGAAGCGUGCCAACAAUAAUAAAUGACAACAAGAAUGUGAAUAAAAUGACUGCACCCAUCCA